AUGUCGGCACGGCGAAGACAUGUAGCUAGGGAACGCAACGAAAUAGGACUAACUAACUUUAUAGACUCUCUUAGAUCGCUUUUUGUUCAAAUUCAACAAAUAAAUUCACGAGAGAUCGAGUUCGAGUAUCUUCAAACAACACGAUCUCACCUAGAGGACGCUAUUGGUUCUCUACAGUUAUUGCUUACUAAUAUUAGGCAAACUCAAGAUCCUAUACUACAGGAUUUUAAAGUCGUCUUAGAAACCGUUCUGAGACAAUCGCGAAUAAUUUUAGAAGUAAUCGUCGUCUUAGAGCGGCAGAAUUCUGAAAGCAGAGCUGUAUCGUUUGCUUGCCCUACCUCUACUGUGCAAGGUCCUGGACGACCUGCAUUAAUUGUUCAACGUGAACAAAUAGAGUUCCUCCGUGAAUUACAUUUCUCCUGGGCUAAAAUCGCGCGAAUCCUCUGUGUCAGUGAAAGUACGUUACGACGAAGAAGAGACGAAUUACAGAUAUGCGCUGAUGAUGACGAUGGUCAAAAUUUUUCAGAAUUAUCAGGUAGUCAUUUAAUUUAACUGCUUGUAUGUGUAGAACAUUACCAAUCGUUCCCCUGAAGUACCUUAGUAUUACACGAUGGAAAUUGCUAGGGAUUACUUGUUAGUCUUGCGAGCCCCAUACGUCUCUGGCAGGCUUUUAGCCAGGGUCAACACCAACAAAUUGAACAAAAUGUCUAUUUCGUUUCGGAUAUAUUAAUAUACUUAGGGAAAUAAUGAAAUAAUUGAAAAUAAUUUCCCUUUUUCCCCAUAAGUUGGGCGUCCAAAGGCGUCUAUUUUUUGUUGUAGGGGCUUACCAGGACGCUUGGACGCCCUUCUGGCUAAAAGCCUGGUCUCUGUGCGGCUUGGAUGCUCUGCUCUGUUCAGCAUUAACAAACGAGUUUACGCCUAUGCUCCUCCCCCCAAUUUUAACUUGCUUCCUAAGCCCCUGAUAACCCGAAUGGCUUAUUUCAUUUAUAGUUAUUUCAGGUGGGCCAUGUAUUUUAUACGCCUAUAAGACUAAAUUCUGAAUUUUCUGUAUAUAAUUACUCAGUAUAAUUCCUAAUGUAGAUGACAGAUUGAAAGAAAUAGUCAACCAAAUUCGACAAAUAACUCCGAAUAUCGGCCAGCGGAGAUUACAGGGGGCACUCAGGGCUAGAGGACUUAAAGUCCAACGAAGCAGAGUUCGACAAUGUUUGCGCGAAGAAGACCCACUGGGAACAGCUCUGCGAUGGAAUGAGACAAUUUAUCGUAGAAAGUAUUCAGUUCCAGCUCCUAAUUCGUUAUGGCAUAUCGACGGUAACCAUAAACUGAUCAAGUACAAAUUAGUUGAGCACUGCUGUGUUGAUGGUUACUCUAGGCUUAUGGUUUAUGCACAUAUAGCUGAUAAUAAUAGAGCAAACACUGUAUUGGAUCUAUUCCUUCAGGGCGUAGCUGAAUACGGUCUACCUUCAAGAGUUAGAAGCGACCAUGGACUUGAGAACAUUGAUGUCGCGAGAUACAUGUUGGAAACGAGAGGCCUAGAUAGGGGAAGCAUUAUUACAGGUAGCUCUGUCCACAACUGCAGGGUUGAGAGAGCACAUAAAGAUGUUUAUGCUAGUGUCUUGUGUCACUUUGCCGAGAUUUUCGACGGAAUGGAACGAGAUGGCCUUCUGGACCCAUUAAAUGACAUUCACCUAUUUGCCUUACACUUUGUGUACAUUCCAAGGAUAAACAGAGCAUUGAAAGAAUUUGUUUCACAGUGGAGUAACCAUCCUGUUUCUACUGAAAAUAAUUUAUCCCCACUUCAAAUGUAUGCACAAGGAACUUUGCAGAACAUGCACAGUGGCCACACCGGGGUGGAUAGUAUUUUAGCUGAAGCUGACAUGGCUUACUAUGGCAUUGACCCUGAAGGGCCAUUUCCGCUUGAGGCCGAAGAUUACCAGGUUUCUGUGCCAGCAAUACGCCUUCAUCUAUCAGAAGAAAUUCUUCGCUACCUGAAUGAUAAUUGUCAUCCAUUGACUGAUGAUGGUCUGGACGGAAGGCAAGAAUUUGGUAACUGCAUUGGCAUACUUGCCAUCUGGAACUUAGAAUAA